AUGCUGAAUAAAGAUCCAGAAUCGUACAAGUCAGAUUUUGAUGCGAUACUUCUUCAGUAUACUCAUACGAUGAAAGUUAUACAUUUAGAUCCAAAUUUAGAUCGAAUGGAUUUGCUUACAUUGCUGGAAUUAAUAAAUUUUCUUUCACAUUCUUGUGUUCAUUAUCCUUAUGAAGCAACUCUUUUCGCGGAGAGUGUUGAGAGUGUUUUAAGGAAUCAGGCUACACGUCUUGAUCCUGAUCUUCGAAUGGCUUUUUGUAAAGCAUUAGUCGUUUUGCGUAAUCGAAAAACAGUAUUGGAUUGUGCUGCUCUUGAAAUCUUCUUUGAUCUUAUCAAAAUUAGGGACAAGCGUUUGCGCAAAUUUAUUUGUGGUUCAGUGGUGUCUCAUUUGAGAAAAGUGAAAAAUGAAAGGAAAGAUCACAAAGUAAUUGCUGAAUUGCAUUGCUAUUUAUUCUCAAGAUUGAUGGACUCGAGAUCUGUUGUAGCACGUGCUGCACUACUUGUACUGGUUGAAGCUUUCCGAAAAAAAUUGUUGAAUCCUACUAAAAUAGCGAAUGCGAUUGCGGAUUGUUGCUUUCAUGUAGUUACCCGCAUACAAGUAAUGGCCAUGAAAUUCUUCUUAGGUUCUUCAAAAGAUGAAGAAGGAUUAGAUGAUGAAACCGACACUAGUGAUGAAGAAGGGAAAAUGGAGCAGAAGACGAUUAGGGAGGUGACAGUCGGUUUUCGAGCUGCCAAGAAAACUAGAAAAAAGGUGAAAAUUUUCGAGAAAACAAAAAAAAUAAUGGCAAAGGAGAAAAAGUCUAAAAAAUGUCUUGAUAGUAAAUUGUGUAACUGGAUCGCCAUACAAUCUUUGUUCGACCCACAGUCAUUUGCUGAUCGCCUUUUUGGGUUAUUAGAAUCGCGAACAAAUGAAAAGUUCGAAAUUCGCCUUCUGCAAAUGGCGCUGUGCGCCCGUAUUAUUGGUGCCCAUAAAUUACAAACUUUGGGUUUUUAUUCGUAUCUUUAUCGAUAUCUUCAACCAAGACAACGCGAGGUUACUCGCUUAUUACUAUAUGCGGCUCAAGCUUGUCAUGAACUCGUUCCUCCUGACGUUAUUGAACAGCUUGUGAGAGUAAUUGCACAAAAUUUUGUCACUGAUCGGAAUACUCCAGAAGCAAUAACAGUUGGUCUAAAUGCCAUUAGGGAAAUUUUCACUAGUAGUCCUUUUGCAGCCACUGAAGAAUUGCUUCGAGAUCUUACUGAGUAUAAAAGUUACAAAAAUAAAAAUGUUUCAUUGGCUGCUCGAGGAUUGGUUACGCUAUUUAGGAAUAUAAAUCCCAAGCUGCUGUGUCGAAAAGAUCGCGGCCGCCCAACCGAAGCUACAAAAGAACUUGUUGCUCCUGUUUUUGGGUCAGACUCAACUCAAGUUGCUAUAUCUGGUGCUGAGUGUUUACCCGAAUUUGUAGAAGAAAUUAAUUCAGUUGAAGUUAGUCCUAUAAAAUAUUCUGGAAAUGAAAUGAAUGGCGAUAAUGAUUGUUAUAGUGAUAAUAACUCAUGGGAAGUGGAUAGACUCUCAGACGAUGAAUCGGAUAAUGAAAAUAAACAUCAAGAUAAUGAUAGGGAUGACGGGCGUGGUAGGAAACGAGUCUUUGAAAAACUAGGUGAAAACACCACUGAUGUGAAUAGUAAAACUAUUUUGAUCGAAAAGAUGCCGGAAGAGAAAGCAGAUAAUCUCGCAUUAAUAAAACGAAGAGUUCAUUUCGAAGAAUCCAUUCAAUAUUCCUCAAUAGAAAAAGCGAAAAUGGUCUGUGAGAGUCGAAUUCUUACUCAAGAAGAAUUUCGAAGAAUCAAAGCUUACCAGCUUAAAAAGCUUGUAACGAAUAGUUCGAAAAAAAAUCUAGAAAAGAACUUGAAAUUGGACGAUAUGAGGUUGGAAGAAGAGUUUAACGAACAAACUGAAAGGCGAAGUAUGGCGGACGGUUUGCCCCGUUUAAAGGAUAUUGAAUUGUUCCAUAAGAAGAUUGCUAGGCAUUCAAAGGAGGAACGGUUAGCGAGUGUAGCAUCUGGUCGAGCUGGACGUCAAGAAUUUAAUAAACCUAAAAAGGGUUCUCAUGUCGGGCGAACUAAUCGAGAAUUGGCGAAACGGAAAAACUACAUGAUGGUCAAGCGGAAAGUACGUGGAAAAAAUCGGCAAAGAAGCUUCAGAGAUCAACAGCUGAGUUUAAGAAGGUAUCUUCUUCGGCAGGCGGGCCGCAAGUGUUAA